AAAUAACAUAAAUCUGAUGAAGUCUGCCAGAUAAGUAAAGCACACAAUCUUCGCGCUAUUAUCGGUCUUAUGAUGCAAUGAAGCGGCCACCUGCACAAAGAAAUUCGCCCUGCACCGUAGCCUGCACUGAAUCAUGUCCGAAUCGUCUUAUUCCCUCAAGAGUCUAUACAAUCUCAGCGGGCUGGUAGCUCUGGUUACUGGUGGCGGAACAGGAAUUGGACUUAUGAUCGCGCGCGGACUUGCUGAAAAUGGGGCAAAAGUAUAUAUUACUGGACGACGGAAAGACGUACUUGAGGGGGUCGUCAACAGUGGCACCAUCAAGGGUGAAGUAGUUGCACUGCCGAUGGACGUGACUGUCAAAGCGAGUAUCUUAGAAGCAAAGAAGGUCAUAGAAGAGAAGGAGGGUAAACUGCAUAUUUUGGUCAAUAAUGCAGGACAGGCCGGGCCUAUGUCUCUCUGGUUUAACGACCUGACGUCUCCACAGCAUAAAGAUGCGGAAACAUUAGGCCAAGCGUUGUUCACCGAACCGGAAGAAGGGUGGGCCGACGUUUUCGCUAUCAACGUAUAUUCAAUCUACUUUGUGACGAUGGCCUUCCUUGGAUUGCUGGAGAAGGGAACGAAGGAUCAAGCUGGAUACACAUCAAGUGUCAUAAACAUAACGAGUAUAAGUGCCAUUACAAAGCUGGCUCAGCAACAUUUUGCAUACAACACCUCAAAAUCCGCCGUUUCACAUUUAACCAAGAUGUUGGCUACAGAGUUUGCUUUGAAAGGUAUACCGGUUCGAGUUAACGCGAUUGCACCUGGGGUAUAUGAAUCCGAGAUGACCAAGACCGUCAUUGGGCCAGAAGAUGUCGAUGCGACGGGUAGAGGCAUCCUUCCGGUGCCUGCUCGGAGGGCAGGAAGCGGGGAGGAGAUGGCGGGAACAGCAGUAUACCUGGCGUCACCAUCUGGAUGCUACGCCACUGGGCAAGAAAUAGUCAUCGAUGGAGGAUAUCUUGCAGUGAACCCAUAACGGUGUAGACAGUUCAUCAAAAUAUUUUGAUUCAUCAUGUUGUCGAGACAACAAGUCAAUGCUUGACUGCGCGGCCUAUGGUCGGCCUGUCAAUUAGUUGCG